GUUUCUUCAAGGAGAUCUCGGGGACAGUGUUAUCCGCUAUGUCAGGCAUCAAAUUUAGAGGAGUAUGCUCGGAUAACUUGGUUAGAUCCAGCCUAGCUCAUCGAGAUGAGACUAUGAUGCAAUUGUUAGCAUUUGCAAUGGACUGAUAUUGAUUUUGGCUUCCUGCUUCUUGAUAUUGUUAAGCUUUUUUAGCUUUUGUCUCCUCGUCAACCAUGAGUUUACCACGGAAGGCCACAUUGGAGGACCAAAUGGGGUCAAACCGGAAUCCAUCACGCUGUUCGUCUGGCAGAGAGAGUGCUCGUCGCUGGCGUCUCCUCAGCAGGCCUUGGCUAAAGCACCGUUCAAAUUCAGCCCCUGAGGAGCCCUUGGACACACAUGACCGAAGGAACCUGGCUGGACGGGACAUGCGCACACAGAGCUUGACAUGGUCCAGAAGCAGCAGCAGUAUGGCUCGAUCCAAUCCUCCUAUCUCCAGGGUCCACAGUCUCCCGGACCCCCAGAGGGUCACCAACUGUGGUGUCCUCCUGGAGCAUCCUAAUCUUCAGAGGGACUGGUUAUCUCGCAGCUCGACCCCUUUUUUAAGAUCUACAUCUGAACUGGGGAGUGAAAUUCGUACUGAGACUCCAACGCUCAGACGGGGGCUGAGCUCUCAAAUGUUUUCAGGGAUUCUGCUGUCCAUGUCAAGACGAAUUAGUCAAAUUUUAAAUACCUCUCCUGAGCCGGCUGUUGGAGAACUUUCAGAAGACGAUGUGAAGGGGCCGCCCAGCCACCACUUCUCCUGCGGCCAGUCGCCGUUCACGGAGCCCUGCGCUUGGGAGAGGAAGUACUGCAUCCUGACCGAUAGCCAGCUCAUCCUGCUCAACAAGGAGGAAGAGAUGCCAUCUGAGGUCCGUGAAAGCCCCACAGCAUCCUCAUCAAAGGGUCGCAGCCUGAGAAGGACAGUUAGUGUGCCCUCUGAAGGACAGUUCCCAGAGUAUCCACCAGAGGGAACCUCCAUGUUAGCGGAAGCGUCUGCGGAGCGCUCUCCCAGGCGGAGGAGCAUAUCAGGGCUGGGCAGCUCGGAGAAGAACAAUUCCAUGGAUGGCUCCAACUCCUCACCCUUCAAAGUGCCUGUGGCAUACUCGGGUGGAAGUAAGUGCUUCAGCUGCUCUUCUGCUGCUGAACGGGACAAAUGGAUGGAGAACCUCAAGAGAACUGUGCAGCCUAAUAAGGACAACUGCAGACGAGCGGAAAACGUCCUCCGUUUGUGGAUCAUCGAGGCCAAAGAUCUGCCACCGAAAAAGAAGUAUUUCUGUGAGCUGUGUCUGGAUGACGUGCUGUAUGCCCGCACCACCAGCAAAACCCGCUCUGACUGCCUGUUUUGGGGCGAACACUUUGAGUUCUCCGGCGUUCCGUCCAUUAAGAGCAUCACUGUACACAUCUAUCGUGAUGUGGACAAGAAAAAGAAAAAGGACAAAAACAACUAUGUGGGCCUGGUGAACAUACCGGUGCAGGGAGUAAUGGGAAGGCAGUUUGUGGAGAAAUGGUAUCCGGUCAGCACCCCCACCACCAGCAAAACCAAAGGUGGAGGCCCCUCCAUUCGCAUCAAAUCUCGCUUCCAGACUGUCUCCAUCCUGCCCAUGGAGCAGUACAAAGAGUUUGCAGAGUUUGUGACCAAUAACUAUACCAUGUUGUGCUCUGUGUUGGAGCCUGUCAUCAGCGUGAAGAACAAAGAGGAGAUGGCCAGUGCGCUCGUGCACAUACUGCAGAGCACGGGACGGGCGAAGGACUUCCUAACGGAUCUGGUGAUGUCAGAGGUGGAUCGCUGUGCUGAUCAUGACGUGCUGAUCUUUAGGGAAAACACGCUAGCCACCAAAGCCAUUGAAGAAUACCUCAAAUUGGUGGGACAGAAGUACCUACAUGAUGCACUAGGAGAGUUUAUUAAAGCCCUUUAUGAGUCAGAUGAAAAUUGUGAAGUAGACCCAUCGAAGUGCUCCAGCAAUGAGCUUCCAGAGCACCAAAGUAACCUGAAGAUGUGCUGUGAGCUGGCCUUCUGCAAGAUCAUCAACUCUUACUGUGUUUUUCCACGGGAACUGAAGGAGGUGUUUGCAUCAUGGAAGCAGCAGUGUCAUGCUCGAGGGAAGCAGGACAUCAGUCAGCGUCUGAUUAGCGCAUCGCUCUUCCUGCGUUUCCUGUGCCCUGCCAUCAUGUCCCCUUCGCUCUUCAGUCUCAUGCAGGAAUACCCAGACGACCGUACCUCUCGAACACUCACCCUCAUUGCCAAAGUCAUCCAGAAUCUCGCUAACUUUGCCAAAUUCGGAAAUAAAGAGGAGUACAUGGCCUUCAUGAAUGACUUCCUGGAGCACGAGUGGGCUGGUAUGACCCGUUUUCUGCUCGAAAUCUCAAAUCUUGAGACUAUCUCCAACACCCCGGGCUUUGAGGGCUACAUUGACCUGGGCCGUGAGCUGUCGGUGCUACACUCACUACUGUGGGAGGUGGUGUCUCAGCUGGACAAGGCGACGGUGGCCAAACUGGGGCCCCUGCCGCGUAUACUUGGCGAUAUCACCCGCUCGCUGUCCAGCCCCACCCCCAUCCAGCAGCAGCUCAGGCGCUUCCAGGACCACAGCUCCGCUCAUGACAUCAGUGGGAGUGUGUCCUCAGGACUGCAGAGAAUAUUUGAAGACCCAGCGGACAGUGAAAUGAGGAGCAUCAAAUCUCCUGUCCAGGAGCACAUGGAGGCAUUAGUCCGAGGCAAGCAUCCUUUAUUGGGUCAGCAGUCCUCCACUCACAGCAUGAGCUUCUCUGACAAAGAGGAGCGAGACAGUCCAUUACCGAAUGGACGCAGUAUAUCUCUAAUGGACCUGCAGGACUCUUACCUGGCACAAGGGCAUCCAGGUCCUAACUCUCUCAACGAAGCCCCACCUAGAUUAGGCCGAGUGGGCUCUCAGGCCUCCAUUGGCCCUGUCCCACCUCCACACCUCCACCAGCCCCCUGUCCAUCCAAAAGUUCCCCAACUAAGAGACAACUUGCCGCAAAGUGCCCCACAAGUGCGGCGCCCUAUACACCCCUCCCUCAGCCAGCAGCGUAGCCUGCAACCGCUGUCUUUCCAAAACCCUGUUUACCACCUCAGUAACCUGCACGCACAAUCCACGCACUCAACCCAGUCCACGCACUCCGCCCAGUCCCUGCAGCCAGACUCCAGCUCGGAGAACCUGAGCACAGGCAGCUCUCGGAGCGCCAGUCCCAGUGCGUCAGGGGGCCGGGGAGCUACUCCCAGAGCACGGAUGCCCUCCACCAGCAGCGUGGAGGAAGAACUCACCCGCAAAAGCAUCCAGGGACAAGAAACACCUCCUCCCACAGCACGCUGGCACCCUCCCCUGGCAGACCAGCACUCGGGAGCCCAGGUUGUGGCGGUACCGAGGCAGAGCAGCGCAGGUACGGCACAUAUCGUAAAGGUGGAGCAACAGAGUCGAGGAGUGGGGCUGGUGGCAGGAAACACAGCGGCGCGAACUCCAAGAUCGCUUCCUCACAGCACUUCCCUGCGUAGCAGCAGCAGCAUCAACACUGAACCCAUGCAGCAGAGCGGUGAGCGAUCCAGACAGCAGUCCUCGUGCUCCAGAGACAGUUCGGUUCCAGGAGGACGAGGCGCCAAACAGGUACAGUCACCUGUAGAGUCAGUCACCCUGUCCCCAGUGGAGCGAACAGCAGCAUGGGUCCUGAAUAACGGCCAGUAUGAAGAUGAGGAAGAGGAAGGACAGAGCAAAGAUGAUGCCAAACAUGUAGAGAAGUACGAACAGGAAAUCUCAAAACUGAAGGAGCGUCUGCGGGCGUCUAGUCGGCGACUGGAGGAAUAUGAGAGGAGGCUGCUGGCACAGGAACAGCAGAUGCAGAAGCUGCUUUUGGAAUACAAGGCUCGAUUGGAGGACAGUGAGGACCGUCUGCGCAGACAACAAGAGGAGAAAGACAGCCAGAUGAAGAGUAUUAUCUGCCGGCUGAUGGCCGUGGAGGAAGAACUGAAGAGAGACCAUGCAGAGAUGCAAGCGGUCAUAGACGCCAAGCAGAAGAUAAUCGAUGCACAGGUAUUGCAGAUGACCAUGUUAACCAGCUCCCUGGAUGCAGCUAACUCUCGGCUGAUGAGUGCCCUCACUCAGGUCAAAGAGCGAUACAGCAUGCACAACCUCCGCAACGGCCUGUCGCCCACCAACCCCACCAAGCUCUCCAUCACUGAGAACGGAGAGUUCAAGAACAGCAGCUGCUGAUUGGUGCUCAUGGACUUGAUGAGCCGUGCCAAUUGGUGCUCCCAGACAGAUCACCAGCACCGAUUGGUCGAGUUCAACACGGACUGAGUACCUAGACUACAUGCCUAAACUGACUGACUACUGUAAACAUGCGAUUGCAAGGAAUGUCUGGUUAUUAAUGUAUAUAAACCUUAUCUAAUAUUGGUUCUGUACAGAAAUGCUACUGCAGAGGAGUGUUUUGAGAUUGCGUGGGAGAGUAAAGCGUAGCUUCGGUUCUGACUCAGUGAGUUUGUUUUUUUUAAAUGCUGAUUUACGCAUAACUGCAGAUUUAAGAUUGCAAACAGAUUUUUAAUUGUUGCCUAAGAUAUAUGAAGGAGAUGUACAUAUCUUAAAAUGGAAUUGUUUUAAAAGAAAAUAUGAAGAAAAGCACAUAGGUAUCGGCCGUAGUUGUAAAUGUCCCCAAGUUGCAGAAUCUGACAGGCAGAAAUAGAUGAAAGGCAAUUUUAUGCACUCAGUUUUCUAACACAAGGUUUCUAUUGUUUUGUUUUCUAUUAUUAUUAUUAUUUUAUCAUCAUCUUGCAAAAGGUGUUAUGACUGAUUUUAGUUGACUAAAAGGACACAAUUAAGCCAGCCGCAGUUCAAUUACAACAAAUCUAGAACAUAUUCAAUAAGAAAUUGAAAUACGUGUUCAUUAAUUUUACUAAAAAAUAUGACUGAAGCAGUGGGUUUAAUAAAUUAAAAUAUUGAACUGAAUUUUCAUUUUGACAGAUGUAGGCUAUUUUACUGGCUCACAACCCAACUUAAAAAUUUUUGCCCUAUGUGUUUUAUGUAUCUGACCAGAGUGCUGUGAAACCACCAAUCUACAGUGUCACUGCCCUCGUGUUCUAGACAGUCUCACUGCCCUCUUUCUGAUCCUGUUUAUUGUUUGUUUGCUACUUUUAUUGAAAGUCAUUGUUUUUCCACUGUGUUCUCACUCUGUCCAUAUGAGCAUCAAUGCCUUUAACCUUUUGUGGCACAGAACUCCUCAAUGUUUGCUGUUCUCGUAGCGAUAUAUUUGAUGGUCAGUCUCAGAGUUGAAAGCUGAGCAUUGAAUAAAGAUGGAUUGUGGCCU